UUAAUUGAAAAGGAUAACAUCAGUAUAUACAAAAUCAAUUUUCAAAUAAUGAUUUAAUUCAUUAAGCGAUAAAUUGCCAGCUAAACCAACCUGUUCUUAUGUAGCUAUCUCCAGUCAGAAAUUAAGGUGAAGCGUACUGAUGUUUUAUAAAGUUCUUUUUAAUGUGAUCCGUGUCGUCACAAAACAACGUAAAAGAUAGAAAAAGAAAAUAAGACAAGGCUCGUAACCACAGGCGUCUGAAUGAAUAGUUAACAUCACAAAUCAACAUGUCAUACUAAUUAGUUUGAACAGCAAAUAAAAUAAAACCAACAACUCAUUCCUUGUUCCCAAUCUGACCUGGAAGAUAAAUGGAAGGACAAUCAUUUAUAUUAGAGUUGUCAACAGCAAUAAAACUCCAGUAAUAAGGAAGAUAUUUUACCAAGCAAUGGCGAACCGGUAAGCAAGAGAAAUAAAAAGUGAGCUAAUUCCGCCGAAGACCUUCAAAAUAAAGCGUAAUAAACAACCCUAACAAAUGUAACCCAAAAAACAAGAGAAUUAACUAUUUGCUAUUAAUUUGUCAACCUUAUUUCUGUAUUGGCCAUUUUAGUUUACUUAUCCUUAUAAAAUAUUUUAAUAGUAGUUUGUUACAUCUUAUGUCAGCUGUGGUUCUUGCAAGAACGCUGCUUUAGGUUUUUUUUGGUUUUUUUGUUAAGUUUGGUUUUUACAAUUAUAUCUAAAGUUUUUAUUAAAAAAUAAUAAUCAUUUUGAUUAGUGUCGAAUAAUUAAGCCCAGUUUUCAGGCAAGUCGCUCUGAGAUGGUCAUAGUUGCCAAACAAUAUUGAAAAUGCUCUUCUUUAUGUUUUCAAACAGACGUUAAGGUUUCAAAAAUCCCAGUUUUAAACACACAAUGUAGCUUGGAAAUCAUGGUAAACUAGCAGUAUGUAUCUAGACCCACUGCCAAUUACAAUAAAUGGUUCAUGGCAAAGCUGGCACAACCAAUGAUUGGGCAUAAAUGGCUCCAUGAGAAUACUCUUUCACGUAGAACCAUGUUAGUCAGUAAGUGGACAAAUUGAGUUUCACUUUCUGAAAUGAAUUACUGGAUUAAAACAACUUCCAUUAAUUAGGAUUUUGACGGCAGAUCACAGGAUGUUCAGGACAGGUUAACAGUGUACAGUUUUUGCGUUAUUCACAGGGCCAACGCUUGAGAGCUGACGGGUAUCUAAAAUCUGUCCUGCGUGGACAGCGUGAGCGGACACGGCUCUGCUGAGUGGGUUUAGUCAGCAGCUGCUCUAAUUUGACCCACUCAAGGCCCCGCCACAGUGGAAAAGUACAGCGCGGAAGUGCACAUACCUUCCAAUCAUUUCAGAGCCAAAGUUUGUGUGACAUCAGACCGGUUCCAGAGGAGCCCAUAGAAACCACAACUCCACACUGGUUUAAGUGGGCAUAUCCUGCACUGUGCAGAGGAAGACUAAUUAGUUUCCCGCUGGAAGCAGGGGGCUCAGAGAGAUGGAGGGGGAGUUUGUGAAAGGAAACAGCGUGGACGGAUCCAUUCAAGGAGGCUCCUCCGGAAAGAAGUCACCGCUGCUGGACCGCGGCCAGUGGGCAAACAAACUGGAGUUCCUGCUGGCCGUAGCGGGGACGCUGGUUGGACUGGGAAACCUCUGGAGGUUCCCCUACCUGUGCUACAAAAACGGAGGAGGUGCCUUUCUGAUUCCCUACGUCCUGUUUCUGCUUGCGUGUGGCAUCCCGAUGUUCCUCCUGGAGACGGCCAUGGGACAGUACACAUCUCAGGGGUGCAUCACCUGCUGGAGGCACUUCUGUCCCCUGUUUGAAGGUAUCGGGUUUGCCACUCAGGUAGUGAUUGCAUACGCUGCUGUGUCGUACAUCGUCAUCCAGGCAUGGGCUUUCUUCUACCUCUUCUCAUCGUUCAGUGCUGAGCUUCCAUGGGCCAGCUGCCGGAACUCCUGGAACACAGAGUCUUGUGUUGAAUUUGAUAAGAAAAACAUGUCAUCCAACUGGACAGCAGCUGCAAAUGCAACAACACCUGCUACCGAGUUCUGGGAGAGAAGAGUUCUGGGCAUUUCUAAUGGGAUUGAGGAAAUUGGUAGCUUAAGAUGGGAGCUGGUCUUGUGCCUGUUACUCGCAUGGAUUAUCUGCUACUUCUGUGUUUGGAAAGGAGUGAAAUCCACUGGAAAGGUAGUUUACUUUACUGCCACGUUUCCCUAUGUGAUGUUAGUCGUUCUGUUAGUCCGUGGCCUCUCUUUGCCUGGAGCGAUGGAUGGUUUAGCUUUUUACCUGUAUCCAGAUCCUACAAGGUUGGUGGACCCUCAAGUUUGGAUGGAUGCAGGUGCACAAGUCCUUUUCUCUUUUGGCAUUUGUCAGGGGAGUCUGACAGCUCUGGGAAGCUACAAUCAGUAUAACAAUGAUUGUUACAAGGACACAUUUGUUCUGUGUCUGGUGAACGGCGGAUCCAGUUUUGUGGCGGGGUUUGCAAUCUUUUCUGUUUUGGGAUUUAUGUCAUAUGAGCAAGGUCUGCCAAUAUCCCAGGUGGCUGCUUCUGGACCUGGCUUAGCAUUUAUUGCCUAUCCUCGUGCUGUAGCCAUGAUGCCCUUACCUCAGCUGUGGGCUGUUUGUUUCUUCAUCAUGGUCAUCUUGUUGGGUGCAGACACACAGUUUGUGAGCCUGGAGUGCCUGAUGACCUCAGUCACAGAUAUGUUCCCCUCCAUGUUUAGAAGAGCUUAUCGCAGAGAACUGCUGUUGCUAUGUCUCUGCAGUGUUUGCUUCUUUCUUGGCCUCCUUCUCGUCACAGAGGGGGGCUUGUAUUUCCUCCAACUCUUUGAUCACUAUGUUUGCAGUGGCAAUAAUCUUCUCCUACUUUCAGUGUGUCAAUCCAUAGCAAUUGGAUGGAUAUAUGGUGCAGAUCGUCUCUAUGAUAACAUCGAAGACAUGAUUGGUUACCGUCCAUGGCCUCUGAUGAAGAUCUGCUGGCUUUACGUAACCCCUGCUGUGUGUCUGGGUACAUUUAUCUUUUCUCUGUUGAAAUACAAGCCUCUGAAGUUUAAUAAAACCUACACCUACCCUACCUGGGCUUAUGCUUUGGGUUGGUUCCUUGGACUCUUCUGCGUUCUCAUGGUUCCACUGUGGAUCCUCUUUCAACUUACUCGGAUGGAGGGGACACUUCGGCAGAGACUCCGGCAGCUUUGCCGCCCUGAAAAGAUGAACAGCAAGACAAAGCAGCCUGAGCGGUACCCUUUGAACCCAGACAGCACGCUUGCACCUGGUGUUAGUGAAUAUAAGGGAGGUUGUGCAGCUGAGAUGGAGAUGCAAGUGUGAGGCACUUAAAUAUAUAAUUAUGAUUUUUUUUUUGUGUUAUUUUAAAGUUGUUUUUUAGACUUUGUGUUUUUAAAACAAAAUGGUGUGCAAUACAUUUGAUGAUUUUUAAGAUCAGGUCUGGCUUGAGACCUGCUUCAGAAGCAAUUUUGAAGUAUUGUUUAUUUGUAUACACCGAUGCAAGCACAGUGCUGUAGUGCUAUUCAAGUUUUGUUAAAGCUAUUUUCAUUAAAAAGGCACUGAUUUCGUGUCUCCAUGUUCCUAAAGGCCAUGGACUCUAAUUAUUAGCAUUUUUACAGAGUGAUGCUGUUUUAAUGAUAUGCCAAAAACUUUAAUAAAUGAAAGAAUACAAACAAAAAAAAUAAACAAAAUGAAUUAAAACUUCUGCAAGAGGAAAGCUGUCAAUAGUUGUUGAAUUUCUCCUGCUGAUUUUAUCUGAUUUUAUUUGUGAUGCUUUGUAUUUUGGUUAACCGCUUUUAUGUUUUUUUUUCUUUUAUGAUUAUUGUUUUUCUUUUAAAUCUAACGUGCAGCUCCUAUUUCGAUUGAUUUUAGAUUUCUUUCUAAGCACUAUGCCACGUAUAUGCUCACUUAUGUUAACUUUAUUACAUCUCUGCAGUUAAAUGUAAGAAGCAUUGACCAUAAAAGAAAAAAAAUGUGCUACAGUAUUGAAUCCAACUGAAAAUAAAAGGGUUUUCAUCAUAA